UGUUCUACACAAUUUGUGCUUCAUUGUCAUUAAAAAUAAGAUUGCUACAGUGGUUAGCGAAAACAGAAAGCAAGUUGGACAGAAACGCGUUCAUGUGUUUUGCUAUUAAAUUGAUACACGUGAAGAACACAAGCGUAUGUGAAAUGUAACGAUCAAAAUGUCAAGAAUUGAAACGUCUGAAAAAGGCUUAUUGAAAGAUUUCAAAGAAACUUCAUCAUUUCCGCUGUGGAUUGCCGGCGUUUUUGCAGGAUUGACAGCGAUACUUUUUCUACUAUGUCUAGUGUUUGUGUACAAGAAGUUCUGCCACAACGGAAGAAAAGCCGAAAAAAAUUACGAAAAUGACGAAGUACUAGACUUGAAAAGUGUUCAAUUGGUGAAAGCAAGUUACCACGAAAAAGUCCAACCAUCGAUGGAUGAAUUAGAUUACAACAGUGAAGGAUUUGAAUCAGGGACUGACUCUGAAGUAACCAUAGGAAGAAUUCACUUCAAGUUGGCAUAUGACUUCACUGGUAACACUUUAUCAGUGAAUAUCAUUGAGGCAGAGAAUGUACCGGCUAAGGAUUUAGGAGGAUACUCUGAUCCAUACAUCAGAGUGAUGAUACUGCCAGACAAACGAAAGAAAUUUGAAACAAAAGUUCAGAAAAGAACUUUAGAUCCUGUUUAUAACGAGACAUUUGUUUUCAAAAAUAUACCAUACAGUGAUAUAGAAAAUCGUACCUUACUUAUGGAAGUUUAUGAUUUCGAUCGAUUCUCUGGUCAUGAUAUCAUUGGUAUAGUCAAGUUGCCGUUGAUUGAUGUCGACCUGACACAUGUUGUGGAGGACUGGAGAAUACUCAUACCACCAUCAAAUAAUGGCUGGCGUAAAAAAACAAGUCCUGAGAUAGGAGAAAUAUGUUUUGCCAUAAGGUAUGUACCAGCCAAUGGUAAACUACAGAUCAACAUCCUUGAAGGUAAAAACUUAAAAAGCACAGAUAAAGAUGGUUAUUCAGAUCCUUAUAUAAAAAUUUCCUUAGUUCAGGAUGGCAAAAAAGUGCAGAAAAGGAAAACUACAGUGAAAAAACAUACUUUAAAUCCUUAUUACAACGAAACAUUUACAUUUAAUGUUCCAUUUGAAAAGAUCGAGUUCACUUCGUUGAUGGUUGUGGUCUUAGAUUAUGAUCGUUUAUCAAAAAGUGAAGUCAUCGGUAGAACAAUUAUUGGCGCAUUAGCUCCUGGUGGUCCAGAACUACAACACUGGCAAGACAUGCUUGCAUCACCAAGAAAACCUGUAGCUCAAUGGCAUGCUUUGUCAAAAUAAACAAUAUCAAAAGCUUAAAAUUUCUUGGACAAAAUUGUAUAAUAAAACAAAUGAAUACAAUAGUUUUUCUGCUGCACCAAAAA